AGGACGACACCAACCAGAUCCACUCUCUCCAAACGCAGCAUGAACCAUCUCGUGUCCUGGGCCCUUCUGCUGGUCAACGCCGGGUCACUGCUGGCUCAUCCCAUCACAGACUCUGCGGAGAUGCCGUACCAAGGGCCAGUGUCUCUGGAGGACCACGCUCUGGGACCUCUGGACGAUCUGUCUCUGUCUCCAGAAGAGGCGGCGGCGGCGUUCAGACUGUCCACUCUGCUCCCGGUCGACAGCAGCAGAGACGACCUGAGAGCAGCAGGACUCCUCCCCAGAGCUCUGAGCCGAGAGGCCGCCGUGUUCGGUCCACUGAGCCACGUCCUGGGCAUCCGAAAACACUUCAGGAAGAGAGCGGGGACGGCCGACUGCUUCUGGAAAUACUGCGUCUGAGAUCUGAGCGGUCACUUCCCCUGGACACACACUGGACCACGUGUGUGU